AUGAAAGAAACAACCUAGUUGAAACCGGUGACAUAGAAAAAAAGCAAGAGCAACUUUCUAUUGGAAAUGAAUGAGAAGGAUAAAGAAAUCAAUAAUCAGAUCAUUAAGAACAUGAAUAAGCGAGUUAAUUAUCUAAAGAACCCUCGAUUCAAAAUUAACAAAGCGCCGGUUCUGUUUUCAUACAUCAAUACAAAGCAAGAUAUCGUGGUGGAGAAGGAUUAGACAACAUCCUUUAGAGUAUUUCCGAAAUAAUUGAUAUUCAGAGAGUACAUGUUGAAUGGCAUGUAUGAAAUAGAUUUGUAUGUUACCAAUGCCACUGGGACUUUGUAGAGAAUCAAAGUGUUACCACCUGAAAAAAAGGAGUUUCAGAUAGCAGCAAUCAAAUACCCAACAAAGGAGGAUGGAUUCAUAGCUCCAGGGAUGAGUGCAGUAUUAAAGGUCAGAUUCAAUCCAUCCUCAUUGGCAGAGUUUGAUGAUACUAUUGCCUUAAUAACGGAAGAUCAUAUUUUAAAAGUUCCAUUAUUGGCAAGAAAAGAACCUCCACAACUGGACUUGCCAUCAUAAUUAGAUUGUCAGAGUUGUUGGAUAGGUGAUUAAGUAGAAACAAGAUUUGUAGUUAAAAAUUCUGGAGGAGAAGCAGGCUAUCGUUUUUUUAUAAAUAAUCAAUAAGAUUAGCAAGAAGAGGAGAAUUAUAUAUAGAUUGGUAAUUUCUACUUAUCGCCUGCUGAAUUCUUCUUGCAUAAAGGAGAAACACAAAUCAUCUAAGCCAUAUUUAAACCAGAUCUUGAAGGCGAAGUCAUUGAAAACAUCAUUUUGGGAUGUGACAAUUUGACUCAGGCCACAUUAAAAUUGAUUGGCAGAGGCAACAUGGUAGAAUUAGGGAUCUUAGGGAUUGAUAACAUUAAUCUCGAAAAUUAAGAGCAAUUAUAAAAAAUAUUCUUUAACGAUCCCAUCCCAAAGGUAGAGACCAGUAGACAAUUAAAGAUAAGAAAUAAAACAUCAGUUAAAGUUAAAUAUCACUGGUAUCUACAAAAUGAUGAUAAGGAAUUAAAAUUAGAAGAUGAAUAGAACUAUUAUUCCAUCCAACCUCAAGAAGGAUAUUUUUAACCUAACGAAGUCAUAGACUUUAAGAUAUUUUUACAGAGUGAAGAAUAUUACCCGCUAUUUUAAACUGCCUAUUUAAUCAUUGAUGAUAUUCCAUUUGAAAGUAUUAGGAAUCCACCUCCUAAUUUGAGACAGCAAUUUGAAACUAAUUCAUAAUCUGUGGCUAUUGGAUCUAAUAGCAUUAAACCAUCAAUCACUUACUUUGAAUUUGAAUUGAUUAGCAAAUCUGCACUUGGGGAAGUGAGUGUUACACCUCAAUUCUACAAAUUUCCUGUUCCUAUUUGUGUGAAUACAUUGGCCUAGUAUAAAUUUUAGUUGUCAACGACAUCUAAAACCUAAAUGAAAUAUUCAAUUAAUCCCCUUCAAUUGGAUUAUUUCUAUAUUCAAGAAAAACAAGGUGUCAUUAAUAAUGAAGCUGAGAUUGUCUUGGGGGUUCAAAGUUCUGAGGUUGGUCAAAUGAAGUUGGAAUACAGAAUAGACUUUGAUUAUGCUAAUUCUAUUUUAAUUACAGUCUUUGCUGAAGUCAUAGCUCCUAUUAUAUCAGUAAAACAAAGUUGGUUGAAUUAUGGAUUGAUUCAAACUUAUUCAUUGGAGUCAUAAGAAAUAACUAUUAAUAAUUUGUCACCAGUUCCAGCUCUGAUUAAAGCAUAGUCUGGAUCAGAUCAAAGAUUAUUAUUUAAUAAGGAUUAAUUUGAGAUCAAACCAAACAGUUCAAUAUAAUUUAAAGUUGAAUUUCAAUCUCGAGAGGCUGAAACUUAUAAUGAUUUCUUAUAUUUUUCUGUUGAAAAUGGAGAUUGUGUUGUUUUAGAUGUAUUUGCAGAAGUAUAAAACCCAAGUGUUUCCUUAAAUAGAUUAUCUCUUAAUAUUGAUACACUGUAUUGUGGAAAUACCUACACCUUUGAUUAAAGAGCAUAAUAAUACAUAAUGCUAUAGAAUUUAGGUAAUAUCAGUACUCCUUUUGAAUGGGUGGUUGAUAAUGAGAAAUAAGAUAAAUACUUAGUCCAAUUUGAACCUAAAAAGGGAGUUCUUAAGCCAAAAACAAAUUAAAUAAUUAAAUUCUCCAUAAAACCUAAAGAAGGUGGUAAAUUGAAUGAACUCUUCGUUUGUGAAGUGCAAGGCUUGCAAUAUCCAUUGGGAUUUGAGAUGAAUACCAUGAUUUAUGGAUUGUCUGUUGAAUAUGAAUUAGUGGAUGAUAGUGCACACAUUUCUUCGAAGACAUCAGUCAGUUCAAAAUCAAAAAGUCUCAAGGAUUCGAGGAAAUCACUUUUGAAGGCAGACACUGAAAUCAAAAAUUAAUAAAUGGAUAAAUUAGAAUUUUACAAUUGUACUAUCAACUAGCCAAAACAAGCUAAAUUCUUAAUUAAGAACACAUCUGGUAUUCACACAUAAUUUAAUUUAUUCAUGAGAAAAUAUCAGCCACAUGCAUUGGAAGAGUAAUCAACUCUGUUUGAUGAUUUCGAUGCUAAAUCUUAAGCAGCAAGAACAAUCAAAUUUGCUGAAUCUUCAAUUUCUAAAUCUGUAUCCAAAAAAGGGAAGAUCUCCUAAGGAGGUAGACCUGUAGUGCUAUUAACAAAUAAGAUUGAGAAAACACAUAAUUUUACAUCUGAAGCAGGACUGAAAUUGAAUAAGCAAAAGAAGAUGGAGCAUGAUUAAAGGGUGUAUCUGUCUAAUAAUCUGGGCAUUGCAGUUGUAUUUGAACCAUCCUCUGGUACUUUGAAUGCAUAUGGAUCUGUGGUUGUUUAAGUGACAGUGUUCAAUGAUAUUUGUGGAUUGUUUGAAGACUUAAUGUGUUGCGACAUUCGAGGACUGCCUACAAAGGAAUUUCCAAUUGCAAUAGAUAUUAAAGGAUCUCCUAUUGUCAUUAGUCCCAGUCAACUAGGAUUUAAUUACAAAACAGAUUUCCCUACUUUCGAUUUAGGUACUUACAUGCGAAACUUUGGAACAAUCAGCAGAGAUUUCAGAGUGAUGAAUACAGGUCCUUAGGAUGUUGAAUUGGAAUGGAAAAUCUAUAAUUUAGGAAAUAGCACAGUGUCGGAUUACUUUGACAUUAAAAUAACAGAACCACAACUAGGAUCGGAUUCAUUGUGCGAUGUUUAAUUUAUAGCAAAUGAGCCUCCAGAAUCAACGGAUGGUCCAUACUAAGUGGUACCAAAUAAGGAGAGAAUUAAGUAGAGGAAGGAGAAGCAUUUCACUUUACAUUUCACUACUCAAGACACUGGAAAUUAUAGUGCUUGUUUGGUAGCCAGGCCAAGACUGAUUAAUUAGGAUAAGACCAUAGGCGAAGUUUGCUUUCUAUGUGAAAAGUGA